UAAUUUCCCCUCUACAGUACAGUGAAAUGCGCCCAAUCCAUCGUCGACCCGAAAAAGUUGCCAUCUUAGUAACUGCAGUUUUAUUUGCGAUAACUAUCAUUUUUAGUGUGUUUAAAAAUGGAAAAGGAACAUCUCCUAUACCAGUGAAAGAAAGACCCUUGAAAGCAUUUAUAACUUCUGCAUAUUAUUAUUCAUCAUCUAAAAGUCUGGGAAAGAAUGCACUAGCCCUGGUAAUGAGCAUAAAUCUUGUGAAAUCCCCAAAUGAGCUGGCUCAACAUCCGAAUCCUCCAGAACUUGUAAUUUCCGCAGAGAAUGAUACGACGAGUAUAAUGGUUAAAACUCCAUAUUCUAGAGUGACUCCUCAUGAUGUUUGUCAAAUUAUUACUGUUUUUGCGACUGUUCAACUAUUACCAAACGUAAAAAGUAUCAAAAUGGUGUCGGGGAAUGAAUUGACGGAAAUUCCAUUUUCGAAACCUUCAUCACUGAAACGGGAUGUUGUGGUGUGUACGUCGCCGUUAUUCGUCAGUGAGCAGUGGCAGAAUUUCCUAUUUGCAGUUCACAUUUAUAAAAAAUUUGAUGCUCACAUGAAUUUAUACCUGGUUAGUUCAAUCACUUCAUUUUAUGAACUCAUGAAAGAGUAUGAAAAAGAGGGGUACAUGACCAUCCAGCCGUGGGUCAGUGUUAAAUACCCAGAAGUUUCAAAAAUUAUUGCUGAUUCAUAUGAUCAAAUUGAAUUCCGAAAUCAAGCAGCAGCUCAAACUGAUUGUCUACUCCAGUUCAAGGAAUCUGCUAGAUUUAUUACAUUUUUGGACCUAGACGAUGUUCUUAUUCCUAAACUUGCACCAACAUAUGCAGAAGAGUUUCAAAAAUUAAUGGUAACCAAAAAACGAUCAUCGUUCAUUUUUUAUCAUAAAGAGAAUUAUAACGUCGCUGCGACAAGAUAUGGGUCAAAAUUUUCUCUCAAAAAUAUGUUCAAUAGUAUGGAAUGCCAAAACAAUAGAGAAACAGGGAAGAUUGUGGUGAAUCCAAAACAUCUCAACUUUACCUGGAUCCAUUAUCCGCCAAUUUCGCCGGAAGAACUUGCAAAACAUGAAGUAACAGAAAAUGUGAUUACUCAUCUCAAGACUAUAGUUUGGGUUGAUGAGGAACCAGACGGGGAAAACCAAAAAAUAAUUGAGCCAUUGUACUAUGACAAUUCGACCGAUACAAUACUUUCUCGACAACAAAUAAAGGAACUUGAGACAGAUCUUGAGAAUAUGAUGAUGAAACCCAAUAUACAGAAGAUCUUUGCACAACUACCUGACAUUCAUUAUUAUACAGAUUUAGUUGUAAAUUGCUAUAACGAUCGAUAUUAUAAGUACCAUUACUCCGGUCGAAUCUCAGAAAUUACCUGUCCUGGUCCACAAUUAUGUGAAUAUCAUCAACAUCCAAAUAUCACAUGCAUGCGUGUAAAUGCAACAUAUCAUUCCAUGAAAACAUUAUCACCAAUCACAUAUUAUUAUGCAAAUGAUCCUCAUUUUACUUCAGAAAUGGGGUGUUAUGCUCAUUAG